UUUCCUUGAUCAAUUUGAAACAAUACAAUAUGGCAAGAAAAAAUAUAACACUACCUGCAGGUGGUCUUAUCGUGACCCUAGUAAUCGCAUUGGGAUGGAACAUCGAAGAGGCUGCAGCGAGAGACGUGAAGCUAGUGAAACUCCGAGAUGUAAAACCCGAAACAUUAACAACAUUAAAAGUAGAAGAAGAAAGAGAACUCCUGAACGACAAACUUACAAAAGAGAUUGAGAAUGCGAAGAAAUUGCUGGGAGAGUUGAAAACGUUGAAGAAGGAAACAAAAGGUGAUUUGAAAGAGGAGUUGAGUUCUUUGGUGAAAUCUGAAUCGCUACUUAACGAAAUGUCGGAUACUGUGAAGAAGGGAACGUGCAACAGAAACAAAGCUACCAUAUUCGUGGAGAAAGAAUCGUUUUUCUACAGAGCAUGGAAGGAGAAUGCAUAUCAUUCGGUGGUUCCAGAGAAGGAGAAAGAGUUUAUGUCUGCGAUUAAACGCAUUAUUAAGCUGUUGAAGAAAACUUAG